GUGAAAUUCACCAACUGCCGACAAUGUAUGACCAAUUUCAACCUUUUGGACCACCGUAAAUCUCCACUCUUCCAUGGAUUUAUAAUAAAGAAAGACCACUCUUUUUUUUUAGUGUCAACUGAUUUAUCUGCCCACAACCUGUUUGACAAAAUUACCAGACAAACCCAACUCCCAUCAUCUCCUUCACCAGCCCACAAAAGAACCCCACCUUCCUCCAUGAAAACCCCCCAAAAGCUCAAUCCCAGCACAUUCCUCGGCCUAUUGCUCCUCUCCGUCUUCCGGGCCAAAGCCACCCCCGAAUCCGGCCAGGGCUGCGACGCUUUAGCUUCCUACUACCUAUGGGACGGCGCUACCCUGUCCGUCAUAUCCAGAGUCCUCUCGACCACCAUCGACGAAAUCCUCAGCUACAACCCCCAAAUCACCAACCCGAACCUCAUCAGCGCCGGCUCUCGGCUGCGCGUGCCCUUCUCGUGCGGCCCGGUGGACGGGCUUUCAGCCGGUCGGUUCGUCUACCGCGUCCGGUCCGCGAACGCCACCUACCAGAGGAUAGCGGGGCUAGUCUACUCGAACCUGACGACAGUUGAAAUGCUGAUGAGGUUCAACAGCUACGCGCCGGGGAGCAUCCCGGCCGGCGCCCGGGUGAAUGUGACCGUGAGGUGCUCGUGUGGGGACAGCCGCGUGUCAAAAGAUUACGGGCUUUUCGUUACGUAUCCGUUGAGGCCCGGCGAGAGUUUAUCGGGAAUUGCGAGUGGGGCCAGGAUUUCGGAGAGAUUGCUGCAGGGUUAUAAUCCGGGCGUGGAUUUUGGCAGUGGGAGUGGUUUGGUUUUUAUUCCGGGGAGAGAUAGUAAUGGGACUUAUCCUCCACUGUUAACAAGUGGUGUUGCAGCUGGAAAAUCUGGUGCAGCCAUUGCUGGAAUAUCAUUAGCAUCGGUUUUGGGGGCAAUCUUUUUAGCAGCGUGCUUAUAUUUCGGUUUAUACAGAAUGAAAAAGGUGACAAAGGACUCAUUUCGCCACAAAAACCGAAGCAUUGAGAACGCGAAUGAGUCAGAAUUAAGUUCUGUUCGAGUCUCACAGCGAAAAGGUGUUACUGUGGAUAAAUCUGUGGAGUUCACGCAUGAAGAAUUAGCUGAGGCCACGAACAAUUUUAGCAUAACUUAUAAAAUUGGGCAAGGUGGUUAUGGAGCUGUUUACUACGGGGAGUUAAGAGGCGAGAAAGCUGCUAUAAAAAAGAUGGACAUGGAAGCUUCCAAGGAGUUCCUGGCCGAGCUCAAGGUCUUAACACACGUUCAUCAUGUGAACUUGGUGCAUUUGAUAGGAUACUGUGUAAAAGGUUCGUUGUUUCUUGUUUAUGAGUACAUAGACAAUGACAACCUUAGCCAACACUUGCGUGGUAAAGGUAAAGAGCCAUUACUAUGGCCCACCAGGCUGCAAAUUGCCCUAGAUUCGGCUAGAGGACUCGAAUACAUACACGAGCAUACGGUUCCACUAUAUAUUCAUCGUGAUGUAAAAUCCGCAAAUAUUCUAAUCGACAAGAAUUUUCGUGCCAAGGUUGCCGAUUUUGGUAUGGCUAAAUUAACUGAAGCCGGAGGGGCUUCUUUACAAACGCGUGUUGUGGGUACUUUUGGAUACAUGCCACCGGAGUACGUGUGUGGAGAUGUUUCGACUAAGAGUGAUGUGUAUGCAUUUGGGGUUGUUCUUUUUGAAUUAAUAUCUGGAUUACAAGCAGUUGUGAAGACAAAUGGUGAAGAUACAGAAGCAAAAGGCCUUGUUAGUUUGUUUGAGGAUGCUUUUAACGAGCCCGAUCAAACCGAGAGCAUACGUAAACUCAUCGACCCAAGGCUUGGUGAUGAGUAUCCUCUUGAUUCAGUCACUAAGGUGGCUCAUCUUGCAAAAGCUUGCACACAUAAAAACCCACAACAGAGGCCAAGCAUGAAAUCAGUUGUAGUGGCACUAACAACAUUAUCAUCUUCAACUGUGGAUUCGAGCAAUUGUUCCAUCUAAGAAAACGGGCCUCGAUUUUUUUCGUUUAUUAGUCAGUUAAUAGACAUGUAUAAGAAGAUAAUUCCAUUGUUGUAUAAACACGGCCUAUUUUGACGUAUAAAAAUCGAUUCCAACAUGUAGUACUAGUAUGUGAAGAUUCAGCAGACUUAAAAAAAUAUAUAUAAAAAAAAAUUGGUGAGCACUUUUAAUCUUCAUGUUUUAUGAUUUAGAAGUAGAUUACGAGUGUUCUCUUGAUCUGCAGCUCUCUGACUGCUCAAUUUUAGUGAAUCCGGG